GCGUAAACGAGGCUAGCCUGUAGGUAGGCCAUGGAGCUACGGCCAUUUUUGUGUAUGGUUGCACUCUCCUGUGUGACAAUUAUAUCAGGAUCCAAUCCUAAUUGCACAGAGGAGCAGUGGCAGUGCGAUGAUGGCACUUGUAUUCGUCGUUCAUGGCGAUGCGAUGGUGGCAGUGACUGUGUUGACGGCUCAGAUGAAUUGAAGUGCUUGUGUGGUCCAGGAGAGACUGAAUGUGCGGACGGUUCUGGCUGUGUAAAGAUGCCUUUGGUGUGUGAUGGUCCGGCCCAAUGCCCAGACGGUUCAGACAAAUGGAUGUGCACCCAGAACACAGGGUGUUUGCCUGGUGACUGGACUUGCCGUAACAAGCUCUGCAUUCCAUUAGAACUAAGAUGUAAUGGACGCAACGAUUGUGGCGACGACUCCGAUGAGGAGGCUUGUGGCCCAUGUGGGGACCCCAGACUCCGCUGUCCUGACGGAGUUUGUCUGACGGCCUCAGAGAGAUGUGAUGGAAUCACGCAGUGUUCUGAUGCAAGAGAUGAGCCUGCCUCAUGUGGUAAGAAAUGUUCAGAGAGGAAUGGAGGUUGCAGUCAUGGUUGUGUGGAUCGACCAGGGGGCGCCGAGUGCCACUGUCCUGCUGGCAUGAUUCUCUCUGCCAACGGAGUUAACUGUGAAGAUUUGAAUGAAUGCUCCCAACCUUAUGGACCAUGCCAGCAGUUAUGUCUCAACACACCAGGCUCUUUUGCCUGUCAUUGCCGUGGUGGUUUUAAGGAGCAGAUGAAUACCUGUCUGGCACAAGGUAACGCAACAAAGCUUUUGACCACCAGAAAGGGGGCCAUUGUAUUGCUGAACUUGAGAACUAGACAAAUUGGGAACCUGUAUAUAACUGACCGGGACCCAGUAGCCAUCACCUAUGACCUGGCACGUGGCACGGUUUACUGGGCUGAUGACCAGGGCCGCAUCUUUAAGGGUGAAGGCCAGAAGAUUAGAACCCUCUUUCAAGGUCAAAUGGGGAUUGGGAGUCUUGCAUGUGAUUGGCUGAAUGGGCAUGUGUACUGGACCAGUGCCAAGACUCAGACUGUGUAUGCGGGGAGCUCUGACGGCAAAGGUGUGGCUGUGGUGAUGGCCAAGGGUGGGACCCCACUGGACCUGGUGCUACUGCCCACCGAGAGAAACAUGUUUUGGAUAAACAAAGGCCAGAAUGGAGAGUUGAGCAUUGAGAAGGCAAGCAUGGAUGGCUACAGAAGGUCGACCCUGGCCAUAAUCACAGCAGAAUUGCCAAGAGGUCUCACGCUAGAUGUAGCCGCUCGCCGCCUCUACUGGAUUAGUGAUUUCAAAAUGUCGAUAGAGACGGUGAAGUGCGAUGGCAGUGGGCGAUAUACAUUCAUGGACGUCUUCAAAGGCCGCACUGCACGUGCUUUAGCGGUGUUUGAGGGGUUGUUCUACUGGGCCGACGAGAAGUACCUCUGGCAAAUCGAUCCGAAAGAACCCGAAAAGAGCAACUUUGUGGUCAAAGCCUCCUCGCCACAUAUGGCUGUGUAUCACAGCCUUCAACAGCCUCGUGAUGCACCAGCCUCCUGUGUUGCUUCACGUUGCCCACUGUGUCUGCUAUCCAAAGUCGAGCCCGUUGGCUACACAUGUGCUUGCCCCAAAGGACUUCUCUCUGUAUCGGAUGGAUCAUGCUCAUAUUAUAAGAUUGUGUAUGCCACACCAACCAAUAUAUACAUGCUGGAGUUUGCGAAGAAGCCACCUGUGAAGACGUUGCUGUUGACUACCACAGAGGACAUCGAGUCUUUUGAUAUCAGCUGGAGGAGUGGCUCCAUCAUAUGGAUUAAUGGUACCGGGCAUCUGAGAGGCCAGUGGCUGAGUGGAGGAGAGUCUGUGUAUAUCCCGACCCCUGGUCCUGUGUGCUUGGUGCGCGUAGACCAACAGACUGGCAACCUGAUCUGGCGGUCCUGCGACGGCUUCUCCAUUGGUGUCACUGCGGUGAGCCUCAGCCUUCCUGACCACGGCUACACCAAAACCUUGUACGAGAGCUGGCGUGGGGUCAAGGACCUGUAUGUGGACUGGAAAAGGGGUCGUCUCUAUUGGCUGGAGAUGGCUUGUGUGCACAGUAUGGCACUUGGUUUCUCUAAAGGGGAUGCCCAGAACGUUUUCUGCAUGGAGGGGCAAUCCUCUGGACACCUGGCAUUUGACAGGAAGUCCAACGCUUUUCUGUGGAACUCCAUGUCAGGAUUACAGAUUGUGAGUUUGAUGAAGAUGAAUAAAUAUUCUCUGGGGCAGAGCUGGAGCGUCCGGGGGGAUAUCGAGGCGGUCUCGGAGCCAUACAUAGUGUCCUCCGCCAAGAACACCAUCACGCUGUGGGGACGGAAAGAUGGAGCACGGGUCACUGAAACCCGCGUAGAGAAGGGCCUCGUUGGUGUGGUGGUUGCAGAAUUGGAGCUAAUGUCAGGUCAAACUUUAACUAAGGCCAGUCAAGAGCAGAGCUGCAAGUCCCCCUCAGUGCUGUGUGAGGGCACGUCCCUGUGCAUCUCCCAGAGCCAGCUGUGUGAUGGGAGGAGAGACUGCCCUGAUGGAGCAGAUGAGAAGGGCUGUGUUAAGUCGUGCUCUAAUACAGCUGAUUUCCUGUGCAAGGACAGGCGAAAGUGUAUCAAGAGGAAUCUGGUUUGUGACGGGCGCUCCCACUGCUCUGAUGGAUCUGAUGAGGUUGGGUGUCCCACCGUUGCUACCAAGACCUCAAAGACCACCCCUCUGAAGUGCCGCUUGGGCUCUAAAGCGUGUCGGGACGGGAGCGACUGCGUCCUCCUCAGUCACGUGUGUGAUGGAGAAAAGGACUGCAGAGACGGAUCAGAUGAGGAGGAGUGUGAGCAGUGCCAGGAAGGCCAGUUCCAGUGUGCUAAUGGGAGGAAGUGUAUCGACCAGAAGCAGGUGUGUGACGGGACGCCUCAGUGUCAGGACCGCUCGGACGAGCUGGACUGCUGGGUGCCCACCAAGAGCUGCACUCUGCGCUGCGACGGCCAGAGCCGCUGCAUACCCCAGGUGUUCAUCUGCAACGGCGUCCAGGACUGCUGGGACGCCUCGGACGAGGCUGGCUGUGCGAUUCCCUCUCCGGCUCCGAGAUGUGAUAGCCCCUCAGUGCUGUGUGAGGGGACGUCCCUCUGCAUCACUCCUGGUCAGCUCUGUGAUGGGAAGAAAGACUGCCCCGACGGCUGGGAUGAAAAGCCCUGCCUCGGCUACUGUCCAAAAAGAGGUCAGUAUCUGUGCAAGGACAGGCGGAAGUGUAUUGAGAAGAGACUUAUUUGUGACGGACGCAGCCAGUGCUUUGAUGGAUCUGAUGAGGUUGGUUGUCCCAAUGUUGCUAUCAACACCUUAAAGACCACCCCUCUGAAGUGUCCUUUGGGCUCUAAAGCAUGUCAGGACGGGACUGAGUGUGUGCUCCAUAGUCAUGUGUGUGAUGGGGAGAAGGACUGUAGAGACGGAUCGGAUGAGGAGUGGUGUGAUCUCCGCUGCAAACCAGACCAGUUCCAGUGUGCCCACGGCAGGAUGUGUAUCGACCAGAAGCAGGUGUGUGAUGGAACACCUCAGUGUCAGGACCGCUCAGAUGAGCUGGACUGCUUCAAGGCCACCAAGAGCUGCAGCCAUCGCUGUGACAACAAGACUCGCUGCAUCCCUGAGGGCUUCUUGUGUGAUGGAGAAAAAGAUUGUUCAGAUGGUACUGACGAGGCUAAUUGUGGUUUCCCCUCUCCUGCUCCAGCCCCGUCCCCCUGCAGGUUCCCCUCGGUGCUGUGUGAGGGCACGUCCCUGUGCAUCUCCCAGAGCCAGCUGUGUGAUGGGAGGAGAGACUGCCCUGAUGGAGCAGAUGAGAGGGGCUGUCUUAAGUCGUGCUCGGAUAGAGCACACUUCCUGUGCAAGGACAAGCGGAAGUGUAUCGAGAGGAAUCUGGUUUGUGACGGGCGCUCCCACUGCUCUGAUGGAUCUGAUGAGGUUGGGUGUCCCACCGUUGCUACCAAGACCUCAAAGACCACCCCUCUAAAAUGUAAUUUGGGAUCCAAAGCGUGUCGGGACGGGAGUGAGUGUGUGCUCCACAAUCAUGUGUGUGAUGGAGAGAAGGACUGUAGAGACGGAUCGGAUGAAGAGGCUUGUGUUCUCAUCUGCACACCAGGCCAGUUCCAGUGUGCCCACGGGAGCAUGUGUAUCGACCAGAAGCAGGUGUGUGAUGGAACGCCACAGUGUCAGGACCGCUCAGAUGAAUUGAACUGCCUUAAGACCUCUAAGAGCUGCAGCCAUCGCUGUGACCAGACCCGCUGCAUCCCUGAGAACUUCCUGUGUGAUGGACAGAGAGACUGUCAGGAUGGAAGUGACGAGGCGAACUGCCCAGAGCUGAAGGGUGAUGCGAUGCCGAUGCCAGCCCCGUCCCCCUGCAGGUUCCCCUCAGUGCUGUGUGAGGGCACGUCCCUGUGCAUCUCCCAGAGCCAGCUGUGUGAUGGGAGGAGAGACUGCCCUGAUGGAGCAGAUGAGAGGGGCUGUCUUAAGUCGUGCUCCGAUAGAGCACACUUCCUGUGCAAGGACAAGCGGAAGUGUAUCGAGAGGAGUCUGGUUUGCGACGGGCGCUCCCACUGCUCUGAUGGAUCUGAUGAGGUUGGGUGUCCCACCGUUGCUACCAAGACCUUAAAGACCACCCCUCUGAAGUGCCGCUUGGGCAGUAAAGCGUGUCGGGACGGGACUGAGUGUGUGCUCCACAGCCACGUGUGUGAUGGAGAGAAGGACUGUAGCGACGGAUCGGAUGAAGAGGGUUGUGUUCUCAUCUGCACACCAGACCAGUUCCAGUGUGCCCAUGGGAGCAUGUGUAUCGCCCAGAAGCAGGUGUGUGAUGGAACGCCACAGUGUCAGGACCGCUCAGAUGAAUUGAACUGCCUUAAGACCUCUAAGAGCUGCAGCCAUCGCUGUGACCAGACCCGCUGCAUCCCUGAGAACUUCCUGUGUGAUGGACAGCGAGACUGUCAGGAUGGAAGUGACGAGGCGAACUGCCAGCUGAAGGGUGAUGCGAUGCCGAUGCCAACCCCCUCCCCCUGCAGGUUCCCCUCAGUGCUGUGUGAGGGCACGUCCCUGUGCAUCUCCCAGAACCAGCUGUGUGAUGGGAGGAGAGACUGCCCUGAUGGAGCAGAUGAGAGGGGCUGUCUUAAGUCCUGCUCAGAUUCAGGACACUUCCUGUGCAAGGACAGGCGGAAGUGUAUCGAGAGGAAUCUGGUUUGUGACGGGCGCUCCCACUGCUCUGAUGGAUCUGAUGAGGUUGGGUGUCCCACCGUUGCUACCAAGACCUUAAAGACCACCCCUCUGAAGUGUCGUUUGGGCUCUAAAGCGUGUCGGGACGGGACGGAGUGUGUCCUCCAUAGCCACGUGUGUGAUGGAGAGAAGGACUGUAGAGACGGAUCGGAUGAAGACGAGUGUGAUCCCGUCUGCAAACCAGACCAGUUCCAGUGCUUCCAUGGGAGCAGGUGUAUCGACCAGACGCAGGUGUGUGAUGGAACGCCUCAGUGUCAGGACCGCUCAGAUGAGCUGGACUGCUUCCAGGCCACCCAGAGCUGCAGCCAUCGCUGUGAUGAGAAGACCCGCUGCUUACCACAAACCUUUGUGUGUGAUGGGGAGAGAGACUGCCUGGAUGGCACUGACGAAGCUAAUUGUGGAGAGUCCACUGGGCCUCCAGGUGCAACUGUCCUUACAUUAGCUUCGACCACCACCUCCCCCUGCAGGUUCCCCUCAGUGCUGUGUGAGGGCACGUCCCUGUGCAUCUCCCAGAGCCAGCUGUGUGAUGGGAGGAGAGACUGCCCUGAUGGAGCAGAUGAGAGGGACUGUCUUAAUUCAUGCUCAGAUCCAGGACACUUCCUUUGCAAGGACAAGCGGAAGUGUAUCGAGAGGAGUCUGGUUUGUGACGGGCGCUCCCACUGCUUUGAUGGAUCUGAUGAGGUUGGGUGUCCCACCGUUUCUACCAACACCUUAAAGACCACCCCUCUGAAGUGUCGUUUGGGCUCUAAAGCGUGUCGGGACGGGAGUGAGUGUGUCCUCCAUAGUCAUGUGUGUGAUGGAGAAAAGGACUGCAGAGACGGAUCGGAUGAGGACGAGUGUGAUCUUGUCUGCAAACCAGGUCAGUUCCAGUGUGCCCACGGCAGGAUGUGUAUCGACCAGACGCAGGUGUGUGAUGGAACGCCACAGUGUCAGGACCGCUCAGAUGAGCUGGACUGCUUCAAGGCCACAAAGAGCUGCAGCCAUCGCUGUGAUGACAAGACCCGCUGCGUCCCUGAAAACUUCUUGUGUGAUGGAGAAGAAGAUUGUCUGGAUGGCACUGAUGAAGCUAAUUGCAGUCUCACGACGCCUGCUCCAACCCCCUCCCCCUGCAGGUUCCCCUCAGUGCUGUGUGAGGGCACGUCCCUGUGCAUCUCCCAGAGCCAGCUGUGUGAUGGGAGGAGAGACUGCCCUGAUGGAGCAGACGAGAGGGACUGUGUGGAUACGUGCUCAGAUCCAGCCCACUUCCUCUGUGAGGACCGACGCAAGUGCAUCGAGAGAAAUCUGGUGUGUGACGGACGCUCCCACUGUCCCGACGGCUCGGACGAGAAGAAGUGUCCAAAGCAGCCCUCGUCCUGUGACCGCACGUGUGACGGUGGCACCAAGUGUCUGAGCCAGCCGCAGAUCUGCGAUGGGACGCGCCACUGCCAGGACGGACAGGACGAGAGGAACUGCCCUGGAUACAAAUCCCGCUGGACCACGGCUGCCCCCCUGAGGUGUCGGUUGGGCUCUAAAGCGUGCCGGGACGGGACUGAGUGUGUACUCUACAGCCACGUGUGUGAUGGGGAGAAGGACUGCAGAGAUGGAUCGGAUGAGGAAGGGUGUGACCUCGCCUGCAAACCAGGUGAGUUCCAGUGUGCCCACGGCAGGAUGUGUAUCGACCAGACGCAGGUGUGUGAUGGAACACCUCAGUGUCAGGACCGCUCAGAUGAGCUGGACUGCUUCAAGGCCACCAAGAGCUGCAGCCAUCGCUGUGACAACAAGACUCGCUGCAUCCCUGAGGGCUUCUUGUGCGAUGGAGAAAAAGAUUGUUCAGAUGGUUCUGACGAGGCUAAUUGUGUGGUGGAGGCGUGCGGCACUGACCAGUUCCUGUGCGGUAACGGGCAGUGCGUGGACCAGCCGCUGCGCUGCGACGGCCACGCCGACUGCCGGGACCACUCGGACGAGAAGGGCUGCAGCCAGCCGCCCACCUGCCCCCCGCCGCUGCGCUGCCCAGGGAGCAACGAGUGCCUGCUGCAGGAGUGGCUCUGCGACGGCGACGAGGACUGCAGCGACGGCUCCGACGAGCGGAACUGUAAGACUUCACUGCUGAAGUGUGGAGAGAUGCAGUGGGCGUGCUCCUCUAAGGACCAGUGUAUCCCCCAGUCCUGGAGGUGCGAUGGCACAAACGACUGCCACGACAACAGCGAUGAGACUGGAUGUGGCCGGGUGAAGUGCCCGACUGGGAAGUUCCAGUGCAGAAGUGGAGAGUGUGUGGACCCGGCACUAGUGUGUAACGGGGCCACUAACUGUCUGGACGGCUCCGACGAAGGCCCAGGGUGCAAAAGCAACUGCACCUCUUCGGGCAGCCCCCGCUGUGACCACACAUGCGUCCAGACUCCUCACGGAUUGAGGUGCGCGUGUAAGGCAGGCUUCAGGCUGCAGGCGGACGGGCUGACCUGUAAGGACGUGGACGAGUGUGCGGAGAGUGGCCCGCCCGUGUGCACACACAUCUGCCUCAACUCCCGCGGAUCCUUCCUCUGCCAGUGCAACCCUGGCUUCCUGUUGGAGCCUGACGGGAGAACCUGUAAAACACCAGAUGAGCCCAGCCUGCUGGCCUCUAUGCAGUCGGAGCUGGUUCUGGUGGGCCUCAGGAGCGGGGACAAGAAGGUUCUGAUGGCGCCGGGCAAGAAGCCCAUCUUCUCUGUGGACUAUGAUUGGCUGGAGCAGCGUGUCUACUGGGUCAGUCUGGAUGAGGCCAGCAUCAAGUGGGCAGCCCACGAACAAAAGUACUUGGGCACUCUCGUCACAGGUGUGAAGUCUGACUCCAUCGCUCUGGACUGGGUGGGAAGGAACCUGUAUUGGGUGGAUGGUGUGGCUGGGCAGAUUCUGGCCGUUAGACUGGGCCCCACGGUGGUCAAGCCAGAGAACUACACCGUGAUCCUGGAUGAAGAUCUGGAGCAGCCCCGCUCCCUGGCUCUACUGCCCCAGAAGGGGUUGAUGUUCUGGUCAGAGAUCGGCUCGGCGCCUCAGAUCGAGCGGUCCGGGAUGGACGGCUCUGACAGACGCGUCGUGGUGAGCAAGAGCCUCAGCUGGCCGGUCAGCGUCACCAUAGACCUGUUGGAGGAGAGGCUCUACUGGACGGACGAGCGGCUCAAAUGCAUCGGCUCUGCCUCACUGACGGGAGAGAACAUCAUGCUGCUUCAGCUUCCUGAGACGCCCAGUCCCUUCUCGGUGGCUGUGUUUAACGGCAUGGUCUACUGGUCCGACACCAAGAGAAGAACCAUUCAGGGAGCCAGCAAAGUCAAUGGCAAGAAUCGCAGUGUCAUCCUUAAGAGACCCAGCCAGCCUUUUGGACUUAAGGUUGUCCACCCCCUUCUGCAGUCCAUGACCUCUAACCCUUGUGAGAGCCUGCGCUGCUCUCACCUGUGCCUGCUGGCUCCAGGGCCCCAGGCCGUGUGCCGCUGCCCAGCAGGGCUGCUCCUAGCUGGGGACGGAGUCACCUGCUCCCCCCUGACUGAUUCCUCUUCAUCCUAUCUUCUCAUGCUGUCUCCCACCACAGUCACUCAGAUUUAUCUGCGUGGCCUGCGGGGUGCCAAAGGCCUGAAGAAGUGGCCGGAGCAUCGGGCCCUGCUUCUGCCCAGGGUCAACGAGGCCGUGGCUAUGGACAUGGCGACGCAGCAGCGCCUGCUGUACCUGUCGGACGCCGGCCUGGACUCGGUGAGCACCCUGAAGCUGAGCGGCUCGUCGCUGACCCCGACCCGCCACCUGCUCCAGCUCCCCGGGGACGUGGUGACCGCGCUGGCCGUCGACUGGGUCACCCAGAACCUCUACUGGAGCUCGCGGGGACGUCCGGCCGUGCACGUGACGUCCGCCGACGGGCGCUACACCACCGAUCUCCUAGCGGCUAGUGGACACGACAUCGCCAUCUCCAUCGCCCUCCACCCCCCCACCGGGCGCAUGUGCUUCACCGCCACAGGGAGGGCAGGAGGGAGAGGCAAGGCCCCUCUGCAUGUGGACUGUGCCUUCAUGGACGGGGCCAACCGCACGCUUCUGUGGGCGGACGCAGACAUUCCCACCUCACUGACCUUCUCCAACAAGGGCUCACAGCUCUACUGGGCAGACAUUGGUAAAGGAGUGAUCGCGUCCAUAGGCAUUGAUGGCUCCAGGUACAGGGAAUACAAGACGGGCCCAGACCUCAUCGUGUCCUUCACAUGCACUGACAAUAUCCUCCUCUGGGUCACCCUGGACAAAGAAGUGACCAAAAUGUGGUACAGCGAUGGUUUCCAGCCCAAGCAGCUGUGGUUUGAGGUGAAGACCAAUGUUGUGGAAGUGAAAGCUUACAGCAGGUCCAGUCAAAAAGGAGGGAAUGCGUGUUCUGUGAAGAACGGCGGCUGUGUUCACCUGUGCCUGGCGCGCCCAGGUGGGCGCACCUGUAGGUGCUCUCAGGACCACUUGACCACCAACGGCUCCGAGUGCGUGCCGCAGCAGCAGUGCACGGUGGGCAGCAAGGCAUGCUGGGACGGAACCUGCCUGCCCAGUGCUAAGUUCUGUGACCGGGCGCUGGACUGUCCAGAUGGCUCUGAUGAGAAAAACUGCCCUUCUGACAAGCUGGCAUUCCAGCCGAAAGUGGGCAUCGAGAAGCCCCGGAGGCCUCGUCCGUACGGCUAUGCCCACCCGGUGGCGAUGGGAGCGGGUGACCAGCACCUGGAGGUGGGCACCUGUGCGGAGGAGCGCUGCAGCGGGCACGGCGCGUGCGUGAGUAGGGACGGGGAGGCGGCGUGCGAGUGCUCGGCGGGCUACAGCGGCGACUCGUGUCAGGACGCGGGGUCCAGUCACGUCGGGCUCGUCCUGGCUCUGCUGCUGGUCGUCGGCUGCAUCGUCAUCGGCGUCUUUGUCGUCAGAAAGAGGCGUCAAGAUGCGAGGAUGCCAGAGAAGGCCACACUCAUGACCAACAUGGAGGGCCGCAGCGUACACAUGGAAGGCUUCGCCAACGAUCUCUACAAUGCAGACGAGGAAGAAGUGACACCUGCAGAUGUAACAUCUUCGUAAUAUGUUUUAUAAUAUAUGGGCUAAAAUGACUGAAUAACAAUAAAAUGGAACAUGAAA